UUCCCUCCUCUGUCCAGCCACGAGUUUGGGGUUUUUGUUUUAACUGCCAGAGCGCUUUAGGUAUGGAAGCCAUUUCUUCCCCAAGCUCUGGAGCUCAAGUGAACAGCCUAAUUAAAUAACGGAGUGCAGCUUGAUAUAACUGAUCUACACAACUCUACCUCUCCUCACACUUUUCACCGGUUUACCUUUCUUUUCUGGAGCAUUUUUUAAACCGUCUCCUUUUUUCACGGAGUCGAGAAUGGAGAAUUAGGCUCGUGCGCGCUCUUUUGCGCGUGCUCAGGAGUCGGUUCGGCUUUCCAGGUUCGGGUUCUGUAGUGCGCGCCGGAGACGCCGCCGCGAUGGGAUGUGGACUGCGGAAACUCGAGGAGCCCGAAGAUAGCAGUCCGGGCAAAAUUUACUCCACCCUGAGAAGACCGCAUGUGGAGACCAAAACCGACACCGUGUACGAGUACGUGCUGCUGGACUUCAGUCUAGAAGGGAGUCGACCCACUGUGCAGUACCUGUCCUCGCUGUGUGAGCUGCCUCAGGCCCUCCAGCCAUACUACACUCAGGGUUAUGUACUGGCUGCCUUGCAUCCCAUCAUCCUCUCUGUUGGUCGCACACGCUCUCUGCCAUGCAGUUUGCUCUACCGAGCCAUCAUGACCAGACAACGACCCAGUAAGCAUGCAGUGGCCAUGGUUCACAGUGUACCAGUGCUAAGGGUUGAAGAGUGGCCACUGCCUGGAGAUUCCCUGACCAGUGACACUGUAAGAGCACUUAUAGACCGGGUUAACUGCAAUGCUCGGGGAGGCGUGCGUUUCGUGGGCUCUGUGCUCCAACAGGCCGGAGCAGGGAGGUGCAACGGCAGAGUGGCGAGUCCCAGACAGAACUGUCGCUCCCCACCACACACUCCACCUGGAGACAAAGACAUGGAAGACGCCAGAUAUAGUCCAGAUUUGAGAUUGCUGGUCAUGUUCCACACUUGGGCUCCAGGAUGUGCCCCGCUAGACCCGCUAGCCUGCUGCUACCACCAAGGGGCGCUCUCCAUGCACGUGUCCAGGAAGGGCCAAGUUGUCAGCGGUCUGGAGGCCGACUGGCUCGAGCUGACGGCAGCUUACUACCGCAAAGGCUGGUCAUUAGUGGACUCUUUUGUGUACUGGGAUACACCUAGAGGUGAUCCAGUGCCCAGAUCUUUAGAGGGUCUGUUUGUGUAUGAGGAGAGAAGCCCUGCACCUCCUGCCAAUGACACAAUCGUUGUUGAGCAGUGGACUGUUAUAGAGGGCUCUAACGUGAAAACGGAUUACGGGCCACUUCUUCACACAUUAGCUGAGUUUGGCUGGUUACUGACGUGCGUACUGCCCACACCUAUCAUUCGGCAUGACAGUGAAGGAAAUCUGGCCACUAAACAAGUGGUGUUCCUGCAGAGGCCUGUUAAAUCCUCCUCAAUCCGAAAGAACAGCCAGGAAAGCUGUACUGGGAGACAGAAGGCCACUCACUCAGUGAAUCGAGGCAUGGAGGCGGCAGAGGAAAUUUCUCCAGGUUCAGGCAGCAUUGGUGGAUUCCCAUUGUUUGGAGCUGGUUAUCCUAGCGCCUUUUCACAGCUGGAAGAGGGCGGCUUCGAGCAGGACGACGGGGCAGCUGAGGUCACCUGUAUGUGACCGGCUCACACAAUGAACAGUCUCGAGAACUGGAUCCAAUUUGGUCAGCUCUUUGCUACAGGAGAAGUUUAAUUAUCAUUAACAAUUCCGGUUGUGCUUCUUUGCAUUUACUUCGUCCCUCGUAAUCUCCUACAGACAAACGUUUGGCACUUUGGGUGUUUUUAUAAAGCCGUAAUUUUUUUAACAAGGUGGAUUUUAUUUCAUUUUUAAUACCUUUUAAGAACAAGGCACAGAAGACUUACAGAUUAACAAGCUGCAUGGCACGGAUCCAUCACACUGCACGCAUAUUCUGUAGGAUUAACACACAUCUGCAUUCCUUCACUGUUUUUUUUUUUUUUCCAGCAUUCACAAUAUUUGGUUGAUUGUUCUGUUGUUGUUCUUCACUUUUCACACAUCAGUCGAUCUCACUUUCAGCACUCGUAUCGAUUUGAUCAUUGAGGCUCAUCUCUGCUCCUCUGCUUCUUGUUGCAGGACACAAAUGUUUGUGUUUCUGAUUUGCUUAUUUAUGGUACUGAGGAUGCCCAGGCCUUACAGUCGAAACAGUCAGCGAAAACACGUAUUCUUUUUUGUUUGUUUUGAGACCAGGCAAUGAAAGUGCAUUUUUCAUAUUUAAUAAUUUAAAAAUUGGGAGAAAGAUCAGACUGAAGGGAGCACAUCUUAUAUAGCAGUUUUAAACACAAGUGGUGCUACAGAAAGUCCUGGGUUUGGUUUUUUUUUUUUUUGGGUGGGGGUGGUUAGGGGUCUAAAGAACUGAACACAUUCACUUUUCCACUGUUUGGAUCUCUGAAGGAAAUAACUUGACCAUGUACAGCAUCUAUGAGUAGAAAGACUUAACAUUUCUGCUUUUUAGCAUUUAUCCUGCUUUAAAUUAUACACUUUAUUAGGGGGAAAAAAGGUUGUAGAAUAUUAUAUUGUAUAUACGAUUAAUAAGCCAUAAAAAUGCGGGUCCUUUUUUUUUACUGUAAUAACUAAUAGUGACCAGUAUAAUCUACCAGUGACAGUAUUUUAAAAUGUUAAAUAUUGAAACUCGACACACAUUGUUGGAGUUAAUAUUUUUAUUAAAACAGAUAUUCCCUCA